AUGAAAAAGACAUUGCCUUUCCAGACUCUGGAGAAGACUAAAAAGGAAGAUGACUCAUUUUCAGAUCUCAAGAGGUCAGAAUAUCAUCUCCCAGCCCCAUGGAAGUUGCUGGGUUCUACUGUCAUUGACCAUGACACCCCAGUCCCCAAAACUGGCUUGAAUCUCAAAGGGAAACUAGGGCAGUUUGGAAUUUCUGAACAGCUCCUGUGUGUGAAGGUUCUAGAGGGGGACCUGGGGCAGAAGCACAGCCAGCUCUUCUGGGGUCUCCCCUCUCUGCACAGCGAGUCCAUCGUGGCCACUCUCCUGGUGCCCCUGAACAGCUACUCACUCGAGCCUGACCUCGUGUUAUUUAACAGGGUCUGUAAUGCUGCAGCAGCCCCAGUAUUGGACCAUGGAUCCACAGCCCUUCCACAGCCCCACACCUUGCCCCUCACCUUCGUUCAUGCUCAGCCUUUUCCUAACACAGAGCCCCAGCCACCAACUCUCCCUUUCACUCAGGUCCAACCUCAGGCCCACAUGCAAUCUCCACUCUUUCCAAUGCAACCAUCACCUCUGCCCUGUGGAAGCACUCUCCAAAUACCACAGAACAGGACUGUCCCUGGGGUCUUCAGUGGAAACAAAGAGCUGCAAAGCCACUUGUUGCAGAAUCAUCAAGCUGGUUUGUGGGAUUUGGUCCCUGGAUAUCAGCAAUAUGAAACUGCCUUUGGUCUUCUAGUUCCCGGCUUUCCAUUGGUCAGCCAGCCUUCGCAGAACUAUGCCUCCAUCCCCAGCACCGGUCAUUUUCAUUUCAGCAGUGAACUUCAGGACAACCUGGGGCCCUAUGGACCAAACAACCCAACCCCACCCUGGCACUACCAGCCCUGCAGCAGGACAGGAGUACCGGAAAUGAUGGGCCCUCAGUACAAAGCAACGGGAGCAUCUCCCCACAGCUGCAAAUGUGCUAAACCUCAACACUCUGUACACUGGGACCAGAGCUCCAGAGACCUCAGGACUGAAGAACCAAGUCACUCAGAAAGUUUCUUUGAGAGCUUCUCAAUGAAGCCUCAGCUAAGAAAGGAUGUAGCCAAGAAUCUCGGCCAAAUCCUAGGGAAAUGCCCAUUAGACAACCCACAAAUGAUCUCGGGAUGUUAUGCACUGAACAGUCUGAGAGUUGUACCUAAGACAGAGGGGAAAUGGGUAUGUCACUCAAGAACUGGCUUGAAAAAUGAACGACUCAGCAUCUCAAGGAAGAGCUUGGACCAAAGACAAGUAAGAAGCGCCCUUCGGUUACACGUGAGCAGUAAGCUCUGGCAGAUCACUAUGGGUCGGAUCCCAACCAAGGUGUGCUGUUCAUGGCUUGCUGAAGAUGUGCCUCUCUGGAACUCACCACUGGGAAAUACUUACUGCAAUACUGCUAUUCCCAAAAUACCUUUUCUUGAUCACAAGACUCAAAAGAUGCUGGAAGCCUAUCUUAUAAGGUUCCGAGUGAGUCAGAAGUGGGGCCUCCCCCUCAAAGUUAUCGAAUCCAUAAAAUUCUAUAUGUUAAGAGAAGCUAAAACAUGGCCCCUCCCUCAAUCUGACGUCCCCUCGUCUUCAAACAGUAUUUCUGGGAUGGAUUUGAAAAGUAACUUCUCCCACCCCCUCAGAGGAAGCUCUAGCCUUUCUCAUGGAGACAGGAUGGAAGCAGCAAACUCAGCCUCCAUCACAGAUCAUCACCUUCCCCUCACUGUCUCACGUGCAGACAGGGAAGGAGAGGGAUCCCCGAGACGAUCCUUGUCUAGCACUGGUUAUGAGGUUACAGAGACGGUCCAGACAACUGGAAGUGACGGAUACAGCAGUGUGGACAGCGUGCGUGCAACUGGGAGUGACAGAUAUAGCAGUGUGGACAGCGUGCGUGCAAAUGGGAGUGACAGAUAUAGCAGUGUGGACAGCGUGCGUGCAAAUGGUGCUCAGCUACAGAGCACACCUAGUCAGGAGCAGCCCAGCCAGGAACAAGUGGCUGUGUCUGAGGCAGAGAAUGAGGUGACAAGUUCCUCUUCUCAUCUAGAAACCACUGGAGGCAAACAGAGGUCGGAAAGGAACUUAAAGCAUGUGCUGACACCCAGCAUGCUCAGGGAGAUAUUCAGGGCCCCGGAGGUGAGGGUUCUUCUGUCAGGAUCUGAUGCUAGCAGCAAGUCGAGAAGCUCCACAGAGAAAAACAAAGAGAGAAAUAAAGCAGCCUCCAUUCUGACUGCAGACCACAACCCACCAAGGAUGUCGGUUCCCGAAGACCUGGCAGUGUGGGACUUUAAGAAGCAGUUGUUUACAGAACUGAAGUUUAAGUUGGAGAAUCAGGCACAGAGCCCGGCUGAAGGCUAUGAAAGUGAUGUGUCCUUUACCUCAGACAGUCUGACUGGCUACAUGCCAUCUUCCUCCAACAGUGUGUCCAGUGGGGAUGCCUCCGUCUUCAAGGACUUCCAUACCCACCUACGUAACACAGGCCUCAGUUUGGAUCCACAGCAGGAGCCAGGGUUCUUCAAACGUAUCUUAAGGAAUUUAACACCAGCUGAGAAAAUACUGGCCUUAUCAGUACCCAGAAAAGAAAAUGGUAGAAGUGAGGCCCCAGGAUUAGGGACAUACAAAACAGGAAAGAGCCAGCCUAUUAAAGGAAAAUCAGACAAGAAGCCACAUCCUCCUGAAAGUUACUUCAGAAAAAAGAUAGGACAAUUUUUUCAGUUGCUUUAUUCCAGCAAAGACAGCAGAAGACACAGGUCUGAGAAAGACAGGGCUCUCUUUAUGAGCUGUGGGCCUCCUGAAGCCCAUGAGCUCAUGGCGUCUCUUGGGAAACUCCUGGAGGAUAAGCUGUUGUGUGGACAGAAAUCUGAGUUCUUAGAGUGGAGCCAUAGGAAGAGCCUGCAGGCUCAGCCCAAGCCCAGCAAGGGACAACCUUCCAACCAUGGGGCCACCUGUGCCCAACAUGGAGAAGCAAAGAGUAACUGCUACUGUUACCAGACAGCGGUCUCUUCUGGUUCAAGUCGUGGGCUAAGUCCUGGACAAAGACAUCCUCGUGUAUCUUUUGAGCAGCGGCCACAAUUCUGGGAUUGCUCACCUACCCCUGACUCCAGGGAUCCCUAGUCCCAUUCAAGCCUGAAGGUGCGUCCUAUGCCUUCCCUGCCCUCACAUCUGCUAAGGGAGUGUUCUGAGACCUGACUCUUCUACAGAAACAGAACAUGUUUCUGUUUG